UUCGACACACUCUCUCUGGAAGUCCUUCGUCCAGUCGUCAGUGAAGACCCCCUCAACCCCAUCUCUCUCCCAGUCGGUGUCAGCACGUUGGACUCAGUUAAUCAUUAUCGUCUGCCGUUUUUGUCCCCACAGAUACUGAUAUAGUGUUAGAAAUACAAAGUGAUUGACAGGAAGCUGUUCUUGAAGCGACAGAGACAAUUAUAAUCCAAGAGAGAACGAAACUGCUUCCUAUUCUUCAACGUAAGGUUUGAUGCAAAUUACCAACAAUAAAGUAGAAAUAUUCUAAUGAUGGAAGUAAUGACAAAUGAGACAACAUUGAAGAAAGCGUAAAAUGUGAAAUGAUGUUCUAAAGAAAAUAUUCGCAAGUUAAGGAAGAUUCAGUACUCAUGAUGUCCAUGCAUAUAGCCAAUGGUUUCCACAUGAGCAAUUAUGCAGCUCUGGCUGUUCUGAUGCAAAAUCCAAAUUUCACCGUUGAAUGGCAAAAUUUCAGCGGAAAUGGUUCUUUAACCGAAGAUGAAGAUUAUUAUGAUCAACAGAUUGACGUAUUUAGUAGCUUACCUGGACUGAAAGCUAUUUUCUAUGCCAUCUACAUCUCAAUAUUUUCAAUUGGAAUAUGUGGAAACGUAUUGGUAUGCUAUGUUGUGUUCCGGAACAAGUCAAUGCAUACUGUGACAAACUUUUUCAUCACAAAUUUGGCUCUUUCGGAUAUUUUACUCUGCACUUUUGCUGUACCAUUUACACCAUUAUACAUGUUUAUGAGUGAAUGGGUCUUUGGUCGGAUCCUCUGCCAUUUAGUCCCUUAUGCUCAAGGCGUAAGUGUCUAUAUAUCAGCAUUUACGCUGAUGUCGAUUGCUAUAGACAGAUUCUUUGUCAUAAUCUAUCCAUUCAAACCCAGGUUGCAAUUAACUUACUGUUACCUUAUCAUAAUUGCCGUAUGGGUGUUGGCAGGUUUGUUGACCCUUCCUUAUGGAAUAUUUAUGGCAUUGGUUCCUACAGAAAAUGGCCUCUACUGCGAUGAAGUCUGGCCACAUGAGUCUAGUAGGAGAGCUUUCGGGUUUUCAACUUCUAUUUUGCAGUUUGUGGUGCCAUUCAUCAUCAUCACUUUCUGCUAUCUGAAAGUAUGCAUCAAACUGAAGAAUCGGGCCAGAUCCAAGCCAGGAGCUAAGUCCCUUAAGAAAGAAGAAAUGGAACGAGAGAGAACCCGUCGAACCAACAGAAUGCUCAUCACGAUGGUGGUAAUAUUUGGUGCUUCCUGGUUGCCAAUCAACAUCUACAAUUUGAUUAUCGAUUUCUACAUUCCAGCCGCGUCUUGGAAAUUUCUCAAUGUCAUCUUUUUCAUGUCCCAUGCUGCUGCCAUGAGUUCAACAUGCUACAAUCCGUUUCUCUACGCUUGGCUGAAUGAAAAUUUUCGAAAAGAAUUUAUGAUUGUCCUUCCUUGCUUCAAAUCUGGUUCCCAGGCUGCUAACCCAAUGUCUAAAAGAGGAAUCAGCGGCAAGGCUGACAAAUCUUGCAAUGGGCACGAGAAUGUAACCUUGCUGCCAAUGAAGGAAAUGCCAGCUAAAGACAGAAAACUUCAAAAAGACAGAGUCGGAGCUACUAAGAACAACACGUCUGUGACAGAAACUGUGAGGAUCAAUGUGACAAGCAAUGAUAUAGAUCCAAUGUAGAGCUUCAAAAGCAUGAAACAGGCUCUACAAGAUAGUAGACUACGAUAAACAAUUUUUCAGACGAUGUACUGCAUGCAUUGUAGCAAUCCAUACUGAGAGUUGUUACUAUUUCCAGCUUUAUAAAUCUUUGAUGACUAUUCCAAGACAAAAAAAAAUGUUUUUUUUUAAAUCAAGAUAAAGCAAAGACUAUUGUGCUUAUAAGAUUUGAUUCAUGUAAACAUACCCACUUUUGUAUGUGGAUGCUAUUACAGAUACAAGCAAUUGUUGAAGGAACAUAUUAAUGCUAUUGGAUGUUGAUGGCUACUGAAUGACUCAGUUUGUAACAGAAGUGGAAAAUAUAUGACCUUUGAAUAAAAAGGACUAUACGUUGCUGCAUAUAAUUUAUCCAUUUCUAAGAUCAGCUUAAGAGAAUAGUUAUCAAUUAUGCUAGAUAGUGGAUAAGAGUCUCUGUAUAACUCAAUCCCAUAACUAAUAAAACAAUGUAUUAUCAUUUCACGUUCAAGUUUUUACGCUUUUUUUAAAUCUAAAUAUAAGUUUAACUGAAGAAAAUUUGUUUUUAUUAUUUUUAAACUUUUUUUUCUUUUUUAUUAACCUAUAAAUUAUUUGAUCAAUAAAUUAUGUUACUGAGUUAGCAUGCUUUGUAUUGUUUUUUUGCAACAUAUUUAGAUGUAUAAAUCAAAUUUAAUUGGUCUAAAAUUGUGCAGUUUACACAUUUUCUGUUAUUUUAAUUUCAUUAAUCUCAAUGCCCUCAAUUUUAUUAGUAGAGACAGAUUUUUGCUUUUAUUGAAUAGUAAAAUACAUUGUACAUUAUACGUUUCUGUGCUGACUGAAUAUAAGUCUAUAAUAUACAUUAAAUGUUGUGCUGACUGAAUAUAAGUCUAUAAUAUACAUUAAAUGUUGUGCUCACUGAAUAUAAGUCUAUAAUAUACAUUAAGUGUACAUGUUCAACUGAUUCAAUAGCAAUUAUUUAUUUGAUUGCUUGAGCCAAAGAUAAAUAGAGACAGUUUAAAAAGAUUUUUAUUAUGAUUACUCUUAUCCUGAAAUAAAAUGCAUAAUAUUAAAAUGUGAAUUUAUGAGAAAAGUGUUAAGGAAGCUUAUUUUAAAUAAAAAUUAAUUCUUAUUUUAACUAUUUUGUGAAAUUUAUAUAUGUGUCAUCAGUUAUCUGUAUGUGUAAAUAUCCAUUAUACUUCGGAUAUUUAUGUAUUGUGUAGUAUUUCAAUAAUUAAUUGAUAUGUAACAUGAUGUUAAAAGUGGAUUUUUGCAAAUGUUUCACGGCACUUAAGUUUUAUUUUGCUGCAAGCAUGUUAAUAUUUCGAUAAAUAAAAUGUCUUAGCAUGCUCCAUUAUAAUGCAUUUCAUAAUUUAAUUUUUAGUAGGUGAUUAUUAAAUGAGAUAUAAAUGGACUAGAUUGUUCAUAUAUCAAAUGACUUCAUAAACAUAUUUUAAUAAUGUACUUUUAACAGCACUUAUAAAUAUUUUCACAUAUGAAUUUUUCCUGAAAUAAAAAGCACCAAAGUUACCUGCGAAAUAUUUAUUUUUAUUUCAAAAUAAAUCUUUCAGAUUUUUUUUCUGAGAAUUUUUUCCUUUUUCGUGUAAGACUUUGAUAAUAUUAUAAAGAAUACUGCUGUUAAUCUAUAAUGUAUUCUUGAAUGUUUAGUGUUGAUGAAAAUGUGCAUGUGACUUCCAGUAUGGGUGUUUGUUGUUGUGUAAGUUAUAAAAAAAGAAACAUAAUAAUAAUCUCUUAUAACCUUUUCAUUGCACAAUGCUGUGUUUCUGUGUCUCAAUAAACCCAAAUAAUUUGCUUAAACUCCUAAGAAAAGUUUAAGUGAAGUAUAAAAAACAUUGGUGGAGUAGAGAAGUGAAAUGUAAUAUAUGUCUUCUGAAGGAUAUGAAAGUUUUUACAGCUGGCUACGGUUAAAUCAUAAAUAAAAACUAGCCUAGCUUUAAAAACAAAGGGGCUCCAUAUUCUUCCGUUUGACAUAGAGGUAGAAAUUUGCCUGGUAGAGAGUCAAAUAUGCUCACUCAGAAAUGUACUCAUUUUAUAUGUAGUAUCUAUUUUCAGUGUUAGUCAGUUGUGCCAUUGGAUUUGCUCAAGAAGAGGAAAUGCAAUAUUUAUUUAUCGAACAUGUAAUACUUGAUAUCAUAUUAUUAUGUUAAUCGUACGUAUUCGAAACAUAGAUGUAAAAUAGAAAAAAGAAUGUCGUAUAAUAGAAAUUUUUAUAUGUGGUAAUUAGAUGAAUUUUUAUUUAAGAAGCAAAAUUUCUAAGAAGAAAUUAACAUUUUUUUUCUCUAAAAAUUUAUGAUUCUGCUGAAAUUAAUAUCAAAUCGUUCAUUUCA